UGCUCUGUGUCCCUCGGACACAGCGGAUCACCGAAGAUGUCGGCUUGGUCAUGUGAUCAGCUGUGUCCAGUCACAGCUGAUCACAUGUACACUGAUCAUCAGAGCACUGAUGAUUAGUGUGCCCUGAUGAUCAGUGUAGCCCCAGCAGUGCCACCUGUCAGUGUCUUGUCAGUGCUCAUCGGUGUCUUAUGUCAGUGCUCAUCAGUGCCUCGUGCCAGUGCCCAUCAGUGCCACAUAUCAGUGCCUACCAGUGCACAUCAAUGCGACAUAUCAGUGCCCAUCUGAGCUGCAUCAGUGUCACCCAUCAGUGCCAGUCGGUGCCACCUAUCAAUGCCAAUCAGUGCCACCUAUCAGUGCUGCCAAUCAGUGCCAGUCAGUGCCAGUCAGUGCCGCCUAUCAGUGCCAGUCAGUGCUGCCUAUCAGUGCACAUCAGUGCCGCCUAACCGAGCCUGUCAGUGCUGCCUAACAGUGCCAGCCCAUGCCGCCUAUCAGUGCC